CGCCAGCUCCUCACAGUCAUAUGCGUCCACUACCAAGUGAGCCUCCAGAAGCUGGUGGCGCCUUUCACUGGAACACUGCUCUGAGGUCUUUGCCUCCUUCGGGCUCCAGGGCACCAUGCCUUAUUCUAAGCAGCCUAAUAACUGCCAGAUUCUGAGCCUUUUGCAGUGGCCCUUGAGCUACCUUGCUAUAUUUUGGAUCUUGCAGCCGUUGUUUAUUUCUCUGCUGUUUACACCCUUGUGGCUGCUACCAGCACUUUACUUCGUCUGGUUGCUCUUGGACUGGAAGACUCCAGAGCAAGGUGGCAGGCGUUCAGCCUGGGUAAGGAACUGGUAUAUCUGGACUCACAUCAGGGACUAUUUUCCCAUAAAGCUCGUGAAGACCGAAGACCUGUCACCUGAGCGCAACUAUAUCAUGGGGGUUCACCCCCACGGCCUCCUGACCUUUGGCGCCUUCUGCAACUUCUGCACUGAGGCUACAGGCUUCUCAAAGACCUUCCCAGGCAUCACUCCUCACUUGGCCACCCUGUCUUGGUUCUUCAAGAUCCCUUUUAUUAGGGACUACCUCAUGGCCAAAGGCGUGUGCUCUGUGAGCCAGCCAGCCAUCAACUACCUGCUGAGCCAUGGCACUGGCAACCUCGUGGGCAUUGUAGUGGGAGGAGUGGGAGAGGCGCUGCAGAGUGUGCCCAAUACCACCACCCUCAUCCUCCGGAAGCGCAAGGGGUUUGUGCGCACCGCCCUCCAGCAUGGGGCUCAUUUGGUCCCCACAUUCACUUUCGGAGAAACCGAGGUGUUUGACCAGGUGCUAUUCCACGAAAGCAGCAGGAUGUACAAGUUCCAGGCCUUCUUCCGCCGAAUCUUCGGUUUCUACUUCUGUGUCUUCUAUGGACAAGGCUUUCACCAAGGCUCCCCUGGCAUCUUGCCGUACAGCCGGCCUAUUGUCACUGUGGUCGGGGAGCCUCUGCUACUGCCCCAAAUUGAAAAGCCAAGCCAGGAGAUGGUGGACAAAUACCACGCACUCUAUAUGGACGCCCUCAGCAAACUCUUUGAAAAGCAUAAGACCCAAUAUGGCUGCUCAGACAGCCAGAAGCUGCUUUUCUUGUGACUGAAGAGACUGCAUGUAUGCCUGAGAGCACUGGAGCUCCUGCCUUGGUGAGGAGACUCACUUGCUGCUAACCCAAGAAAAGCCUGGAAAAGGAAGGGAGACUAGGGAGGCUGUGUGUGGUAGGAGGACAUUAGGAGUUCCUUCCUGGCCACGGUGAAGCCUUCCAAGGAGUUGUCCCGGGGAGUGUCAGAGGGGGGCAUUCCAGGACAUCUCUCACCCCGUUCCCCGCUGGCUUUCCUCUUUGAGACUGACUCCCAGGAUCCUGAAGGACUUAAAUGACAGCCAAGCAGCCCCCAUUCAACUUUUCAAAAAUGUUAAUACAAGUUUAAAUUGAUAUAUAA